UUGGAGAAAUCAGAAAAUAUCCAAGAUCAUCGAAAUCAGGUGAGUUGUAUCAAUAUUGUUCAGUGUUUUUGUGAAAUCAAAACUUUGAAAAUAAAAUAAUUUUUUUUAGAAAUUUUAUAAAAUACAGGAUGAUAAAAUAUUAAUGAGAAAAAAGAUUAAACCAUGAUUGUUCUUUAGAGAAUAACUUCCUCAUUAUGUUUUGUCAGGAAAGUUUUUAAAAACAAGCCUGCUCAUUUGUACUUCCAAGUUCAUAAGUCUUCAAAAUCAAACAACCAACUCGCAAGGGAAAAAAGCUGAAAAAAAAUCAGAAGACUUAAAAAACUUUUCCAAAACUUUAAGCACUAUGAAAUAUUGUUUUAACCAGAAAAAUAUCUGCGAAAAAUUCCCAAAACAUUCAUAUUCGAUGUCGUAAAUCUAUUUUAGUAGUUGUCUUUUUGUUUUUCCGCCUCUUCAAAAAAUAUGCAUUUCCUCGAACUCUUGAGCGAGUCACAAUUAAGCAAAAACCCUCUCCUACCGUAUACCAAACCCGGAAAUGUCCUUUAAAACAGAAACGUUUCUGAUGUAUGUAUGUAACAGGUUAUAUUUGGUUGAUUGGAUUCAUAUUCUGAACUUUAAUGAAUAACGUAUCAAAAACUAAAAGUCUGAAUUUAUAUGUAUGUAAAUGAUGAUAUUCUCGAAUUUGUUCUCUGAAAAAUGUCCAAUUUUUUAUCCCUAGAGAAUUUCAUUUUUCACUAUAAUUCAAUUCUCUUGAAGUAAGUAACAUUUUUUGGUUAAAGUAUAUCUUGCACUCUUUUUUCUCUUUUUUUCUUCCGUUUUCUUAAAUUGUGCCUGAUUAGAGGGAACCUGAGAAAUGGACCUCAGGGAAAUGAGAAAAACGUCAUGCUCAUUAGAAGAGCGAGGAUCAGAUUAGGUUCUUUUUUUUUGUUCUUGAGAAAGUGGAAAAAACCUCGUUGAAAACAGAAACUCAUGUUUGUAUGUGUAUGUGUGAAAAUGAGGCUUUAAAGAAAAAAAUUCCCAGAUUAACAUUUUCUUGGUUUCCGUCGUGUUUUUUAACAAAUGGAGUUUUUUUUUGCAACACAAAACCAGAAGGAAGCGUAGGCUCAAGCAAUUUAAUUUUAGCAACUGUUAUUGUUAUUCGCUUUGUACUUUUGACAAGCGAUGGACGGAAAAAAUAAACUAAAAUAAAAUAAUAUUAAUUAUUCCAAAGAACAUCAAAGCAAUUUCAUAUGCUAAAAAUAUUCAACUUGAUUCUUGGAAAAAUGAAAAAAACUUGAUAUUGGAGAACUACUUUUCAUGUGAAACUUUUUGUAUGCAUAUUUCAUAUUUUGCACUAAUUAUGAGAAAAUUAUGCGAAUUUUUGAAUAGAAUACAAGAAAAAAGAGAAUGAUUGCUCGGGAAAAAAGUAGCAAGUCUGGCGACAAAAAAUAGACUUUUAGCCAGCUUGCGACCAUUUUUAGCAAGCUUGCUACAUUUUUUCCCAUUAUAAAAAUGUAGCAAGCUUGCUAAAAAUGGUCGCAAGCUGGCUAAAAGUCUAUUUUUUUCGCCAGACUUGCUACUUUUUUCCCGAGUGAUCAACUGUUUCUUAUUGGUUCUAUUCAAAUAUGGUCAUCCUAUAACUCUGCAUCCGAAAUCUUGAACCACACUCCAUGAUUCCUUUCCCAAACUCUACAAUAAUUAUCAGUAUAGGUUACACAUUCAAAAUAUUUAUUUUGACUCAUCCACUUUCGCAAUUGAAAAAAAAUUCCAAAAAAAAUUACAGGAACAUCUUAGACUCAAAAGCUGACAUCAGAACAUAUAAUAAACAUCAGGUUAAUUUUGAAUCGAGAAAAAACAUGUUUGCACAAACGGUCCUCCUUGGCCCAGAUGUUAAACCAGAGAUCUGUUUUCCAUUGUAGUCUUUUCGCUUCCACGAAAAAAUGGAGCCCACUUUGUUUGUUUUUGAAUUUCACAUCAUCUAUUUGUUCUCUUCCAUCGUUUUCAUGAUUUUUUUUCUGGCAUCAUACAUACCCGUUUUUAUCAUAGAUCACUUGUAAUCGAUUUCUUAUAACAUUAUUAUGAAUCAUCGAAACACACUACAAUUUUAUUUGCCCUGCGGCUACAGUAAUCUCCAUCUCGCUCGUUCGCUCUUCUGAAGCGCAAUUGCUUCAAGAAACUUUGGGGCGGAGUUUAAGUCGACGCCGACCUAUAAAUUCAGGGCGUUUCAUUGCAUUCAGAAAACAUUCAUCUGCUCCUUCAAACUUCUUCUUCUUUAUGUUCUCCUCAAGUUUUUUCUGAAUUACUGUAGCCUACAUGAAUUUUCCACGGCUAAAAUGUCAAUCAAUCAAGCUUCACCAAAUCUCAAACAUCACACUUUUUUUUUGAAAAAAUUGUGAUGUAAGCAGGUGUUUCAGUGGUCCCAAUCUAUGUAUUGGAUCUCUCCAAUAACCAAAUGAAUAGAUAGAGAUAAUCAAAUUGAGAAGGUUAUUCUGAAAAAGAAUGUUAUUUAUUUUUCCAAAAAUGUCACUUCCGUCGCCCAAGGGGAAUAAACUUUGCAUUAUUUUUUUGGUGGCUCGUGGGUGUCUUCUUUUUUCUCCUUCUUCUUCUUCUUUCUAUUCUUUAUUUUUCUGCGUUUUUCCUAUGCUGCUGCUUCGAAAAAGAUGAUCUCUGUCUUUUCUUUGAAAGGAGAAAAAAACGAAGAAAAAGAAAAAAGAAGGCAGAAGAGGAGAAGGACUGAAGGCUUGUGUGAUGCUUGCUCGGUUUUGAAACGCCGAAAACAUAGAGAUAGAAGGGUUAGAGAAGCCGUUACACGUAGUUUUUUAUUUUAUUUUAUUUCAGUCUGAAUUGCGCUAUUGUUUUUUUCGGUGAUUUUUUGUGACUUUUCCAGCUUUUGUUUUCUUCUUUUUUUUCCGUUUCAGAGGAGGUUUAGUCUCUCUCUUUUUUGCCCCUUUCCUUUGAAAAAAAGCUUUUUUUUUCAAAAAAUGAACUUCCGGUUGAGAGAAAAAGUUUACUCCUCAAUUAGUGAACUUUUCUCAUUCUCAUACAAAGAAAACUUGUUGAAUGAUUUCUGAAUUUCACCGAACUCUUACAGAUCUCAUGUUAAUCUUUAUUUAAUCUGGGAUCAUAAUUUUGAACAUGUGUUUUCCUUUAUUUAUUUCUUAUACAUAAAUUGACUCAAUAAAGAAUCAAUUUACAGCCUGAGAAUGAGCAUGCUCGAAAUAUGUUUUUUAUUCUGUUUUCUUGUCAUUUCCCAAGAGGAGUGUGUUAUUAUUCUCAAAAAAAAAAUAACAAUAUUUUCGCCAUUUUUUUCAUUACAUACAUUCCAUCUUUUUCUUAUAAUAUUUAAUGAACAUUUUUCCUUGCUCCAAACACACAUAAAAUGCUCUAACAAGUCGCUCAAGUGUGAGCAAAAACCCGGAACCAGCAAUAAAAAAACUCUAGUCUUUUUUUUCUUCUUACCUGGACCAAGAAACAUUUGACGGAUAAACAAGACAAAGUUCAAUGUAACUCGAUAGCAAAGUUUUUGUGACCCGAGGAAAGCAAAAUUUUUUGAGGAGGUGGAAAAUUGAGAGUCUGUGUGAGAGAUUUAAAAUUUUAGAUAGAUCUUCGCGCAAAUACAAAAAUGUCAAACUCAGAAUCAGAGGAAUCAUUAUUUCAUCGAAUAAUCGGAAAAUUUCGUUGGUUUUUUUUCUCUUUUUUUCGGUUUCAACCUCGAAUUGACUUUUUCGCUCUUUUGUCUUUAUCAGAAAAGUCGUAAAUAUGUGGGAGUUGCAUUGCAUUUCAUUUUUUUUCAGAUUCGUCUUAUCUAUUCUGUGCAACCUCACCCCGUGUGAGCCCAUCGAGUGGAGGCAGCAAAAAAAUGACUGGUGAGUAAAACUUUUUUUUAUUUCUAGCAGUUUUCUAGGAGGAAACCGAAGCAUAAUCUUUAAUUUUUUUCAGGUCAUUGGAGUUAUUGCGAUGAUGACGAAUGUGGUUCGUGCUUUUUCUUUUUUCUGAUGUAGUGGAGCAACAAAUGUUCCAAGAGUUCAAAGACGAGUCAUGCGAUGCUCGGUUUUCAAGCAGAAUAAUUUUUCUUAAAAGAAUUUUCAAUUAGAAAUACAUUCAAAACAAAUCCAUCAUGCUUUUUUUCCCAUUAAAUUUAAUUUAGUUUUAUUUAUAGUAGUCAAAGAUCAGAAUCGUGAUAAGAAGGGCAAGAAAAAAACUGAUAGGAAAAAGUUGCGAAUUGAGCACACAUCCGGGUUAUUUCAGGUCCAAAUCGUUGGCCAACAGGACAACACCAAUCACCAAUUAAUAUUGAUCUUGGUGAAGUUGAAAGACGUGAUACACACGAUGCUAUCAAAUUUGUUAACUAUGAUCAUCCAAUUCAGGGAGAAAUUGUUAAUAAUGGUCAUUCAGGUUAGUGUAUUUCAGCAAUUAUGUGUUUCUUAAAAGAACACAUUUGUUUUUCAGUUCAAAUGACACCGGAAUUGCGAUCAGAACAUCCAGAAAUCUACGGAGGAGGAUUAGAUCAAGUCUACCGAUUGGUACAAUAUCAUUUCCAUUGGGGAGAGAAUGACAACGAAGGAUCUGAACACACAUUAGGAGGCCUCAGAUAUCCAGCUGAACUUCAUCUUGUUCAUCAAGGACUUGAGAACCCGGAAAAAUUGGCAGUUGUUGGUGUUUUCUUGCAAAUUGCCAAGGAAGGACAUGCAUUGAGCAACGAGGAAAGAGUUUUGGGAAAAUUGAAGAAUCCGGAAGCGGUGACCAAAAUCGAUAAUGUUGUUCUCAGCGAAAAACUUCCGAAGAAUCGACGAUCUUUCUGGAGGUAAUUUGGCACACAAAAACAACACAAUUUAUUAUUGUUUGUUUUUCUUCUCCCUUUUUCUGCUUCUUCUUCAUCUAUUUUUUUGCUGCUGCUUUUCCUUUUCCGAAGCCUCAAAGAAAAACAUCGUUCUUUUUCUUCUGAAAAAUUGAGAAUUCAACAAAUUUGAUUUAGAGGGUUUUUGAAUAAAGAAGAAGAAAUAUGAAAAAUAUGCAGUGGGGCCAACAAAGGAUUUUUUCUUGCAGAUAUGAAGGAUCGCUCACAACACCACCAUGCUCUGAAGUUGUCACUUGGACGAUUUUCACCGAACCUGUUACAGUAACCCACGAUCAAUUAGAACUCUUCCGUCAAGUUCAGGAUAUUGAAAAGAAGCCAAUCAAGAAAAACUACAGACCUGUACAAAAUUUGAAUGAUCGAAAAAUUAUGCACAUUGUUGCCAACUAG